GGUUGGCUUCGGGAGCGCUGACGCCGCCCAGCUGGCCUCGCCUUUCCUCUCCCCGGGAGGCGAGAGGCAUCCGCGGGCGAGCUGGGCGCGUGGAGAGCCCGGGCUGCGCACGGCUUCUCGGAGAAGGUGCUGCUGCUGUUGCUGCUGCGGCGGCGGCGGAAUCCCCAUGGAAGUUCCACAACUGCUGUGAGCGGAAAAAUCAUCCAGCCACCGGCAACGCUUCAAAGUUUGGCUGUGCUCCGGAGGACUAUGGGGAACCAGCUGGCCCCAGUGCCCCCAUUCAUGCCCCACUUGCAGGCCCUGCACGUGGUGGUGGUUGGGCUGGAUGCAGCCGGCAAAACGUCGCUGCUGUACCGCUUGAAGUUCCAGGAGUUUGUCAAGAGCGCGCCCACGAAGGGCUUCAACAUGGAGAAGAUCCGGGUGCCGCUGGGCGGUUCGCGCGCCAUCACUUUCCAGGUGUGGGACGUGGGCGGCCAGGAGAAGCUGCGACCCCUCUGGAAAUCCUACAUGCGCCGCACGGAUGGCGUCGUGUUUGUGGUGGACUCUUCGGAGGCCGAGCGGCUGGAGGAGGCCCGCGUAGAGUUGCACAAGAUUGUCCGCUCCUCAGAAAACCAGGGCGUCCCCAUGUUGGUGCUGGCCAACAAACAGGAUGUGGUCCAGGCCCUCUCGGUAGCCGAGGUGGAGAAGUUCCUGGGUCUGCCCGAACUCUGCACCUCCACCUCGAACCACAUCCAGGGCUGCAGCGCUGUCAGUGGACAGGGCCUUCAGCAAGGCCUGGAAAAACUCUACGAAAUGAUUCUAAAGCGCAAAAAAGCCCUUCGCACCAGCAAGAAGAAGCGCUGAGAAACUGGGGUGUGAGAUCACCUCUAUGGGAUACAGACAUUUUGUACCACAGUUUUUUGCC